CAAUGUCCCGAAAUUUACUGUGAUAGUGGACUGAUGACAGCUGGUUCCGGAAGAACGACUGUCACGUCGUUGUCGUGCAAUGGUGAUCAACAAUGGAUAGAUUCACAAUUGACUGUAUAUACCAGCGCUCACCUGUACAUGCCCGCCAUUGACUAUCUCAACCUCUCCGAUUCGAAUCAUGCCUGCCCGGGGAAAUGCUUUGAGUGCAAAUGCAGAAGGCUGCUCUACGCUGGGCAUGGGUUGUAG